AUGCCCGAAGAAUUGAGGUUUGACGGGAGAGUAGCAGUUGUAACUGGUGCAGGCGCCGGACUUGGACGUGCUUAUGCUUUACUACUUGCUUCAAGAGGAGCUUCCGUUGUGAGCAGCAGUGGAAAAGCUGUAGCUAACUAUGAUUCAGUUGAAAAUGGUGAAAAAAUAAUCAAAACAGCCAUUGAUAAUUUUGGAAGAGUUGAUAUAGUAAUUAAUAAUGCAGGAAUUUUGAGAGACAAAUCAUUUGCUAAAAUAUCUGAUAAUGAUUGGGAUCUUAUUCAUCAAGUCCAUUUAAAAGGAUCUUUUAAAACUACUCAAGCUGCUUGGCCAUACUUUAAGAAGCAAAACUAUGGAAGAGUUGUAAUGACUGCAUCCAAUAGUGGAAUUUAUGGAAAUUUUGGUCAAGCCAAUUAUAGUGCAGCUAAAAUGGGUCUUAUCGGUUUGAAUAACACUCUUGCUAUUGAAGGGGGGAAAAACAAUAUUAAGUGUAAUGUUAUCGUACCAACAGCAGCUUCUAGGUUAACAGAAGAUAUUUUACCUCCAGAUUUUUUUGCUGAACUUAAGCCAGAAUUAAUAGCUCCUGUCGUAGCCUUUUUGUGUCACGAGUCUUGUGAGGCAAAUGGAUGUAUAAUAGAUUCUGCUGCUGGAUGGGCUGGUCAGUGUAUUAUUGUUAAAUCCAGAGGAAGUUUACUCAGAACCAACAUAGGAGAUCCAGUUACUAUUGAAAAUGUUAGAGAUAAUUGGUCAUCUAUAACAGACAUGUCUAAUGCUAAACAGAUGAAAAAUAUUCAAGAAGCAUCAUUGUCUUUAAUGUCAGCUUUGGAAUUACAAAAAGAAAAUACUGAAGCUGGCUGUGGUCAUGUAGCAGGAUAUUUUAAAUACACACCGAAAGAACUAAUUUUAUAUGCUUUAGGAGUUGGAUGUUCUGUUCAAAGACCAGAAGAUUUAAGGUAUUUGUAUGAAAAUCAUGAAGAAUUUGGUGCUUUGCCAUCAUUUUUAAUAAUUCCAGGUCAAAUAGCUUUUAUGACUCACGGAACCGAUCUUUUAAAAAUACCCGGUAAAACUGUUGAACUCUCUCAGAUACUUCACGGUGAGCAAUACCUUGAAAUAUUUAAACCUAUUUCUUCUUCUGGAUGUUUAGAAUCAAGAUGCAGAGUUGUAGAUGUUUUAGACAAAGGAAAAGGAGCACUUUUAAUUGUUAAUUUCGAAACAUUCGAUGAAAGUGGCGAAAAAGUAGCAUUUUCACAAAUGGGAGUCUUUGUAGUUGGUGGAGGCGGGUUCGGUGGCCCUCGUAACUCAACCAAGUCAAUACCUACUGUUGAAAUUCCUAAAAGGAAACCGGAUGCUUUUGUAAGAGAAAAAACUGAUUUAGAUCAAGCAGCUUUGUAUAGGCUCUCUGGUGAUUUAAAUCCUCUUCACAUCGAUUCAAACUUGGCUAAAAUAAGUGGUUUUCAAUCACCCAUUCUUCACGGUUUGGCUUCUUUUGGAUUUUCCGUACGACACGUACUAAGACGAUACGCAAAUAACGAUGGAAACCUUCUUAAAGCGGCUCGCUUUGCAAAACCCGUUUUGCCUGGGCAAACAUUACAAACAGAUAUGUGGAGAGAAGGAAAUAGAAUUCAUUUUCAAACGAAAGUUAUUGAAAACGACAGCGUUGCUCUCUCUGGUGGCUAUGUAGAUCUUCACAGCAUUCCUACAAAUUUGAUAAGUUUUAACACUGUUAGUGCGAUGGAACCUUCUGCAAAUAAUGUUUCUGCUGAAACAUUAAAAACUCCAAAAAUUUUUGAAGAAAUAUCAAAAAUGAUAAAAGAAGAUUCGGAAGCAGCAAAACGUAUAAAUGCUGUAUUUGCAUAUAAAAUCACAAAAGAUGGAAAAAAUGUUGCCGAUUGGACUGUCGAUUUGAAAAACUUAAAAGUGUAUAACACGCUUCCAGAAGGAGUGAAAGCUGAUACAACAAUUACUAUAUCUGACGAUGACAUGGCUGAUUUGUUUGUUGGAAAGUUAAAUCCACAGACUGCUUUUCUCAAAGGAAAGCUAAAAGUUACUGGAAAUAUUAUGUUAGCGGAUAAAUUAAGAACAAUUAUGGGCACAAAAUCAAAGCUUUAAUAUUAUUAUUAUUAAAAAAUAA